AUGUUGCAGCCUCCGAUUUCUUCGGAGCGCAUAGUCAAACCAACAGCUCCUGCGAGAUCCGUUAACAAGACUGAAAAACCCCCGAAGACUUUCGUGGCCCCUAAAGUCGCCCCUCCGCCAUCUGCCGCUCGAACUUCGCCCAGAAAGCAACCCAACCAAUACCCGAUGCCGACGCUUUAUACAAAUCGAAGAUAUGACUUUGAACAGGUCAACACUGCGGCCACGGCUCGAAGUUUGACAUCUUUACAUAGUAUUUGGUGUCAUUUUCUCGUAUUUUCAGCAUUGGCUCUUUUGACUCGAGACCAGGAAACGGAGAAAAUUCUCCAAAAUCCGAAGGAGUUGAUCACCUCGACGUAAGAUGAUCUUAUUGAAAAAUUGAGGAAAAUAUAAUUUCCCUAAAGUUUUAGCUUCUGGAAGGCUUGGGGGUUUUUUGAAAAAUUCUCAUUUUCUACUUUUAGAAGCUUCACUUUUUUUAAUCUAAAAAAAUUAUAGUUUUUUUUUCGUUGUUGAACUUAUCGGAACAAUUUAUUUUCAAAAAUGAGUGGAAGUUUUUGGAUUGAGUUCGGCUUUUAAUGGUUCAGUUUACGAAUAGGAAAAAUUUUUUUCAAUUUGUAUAUUUAAAAUUUUUUUGAACAAAUGGUGGCUGAAAAAAACUAGUGAGGACCUCAUUUUGCUAGAAUAUCUGUAAAGAAAUUUUUUUAUUGUCGGAAUUUUUAUAGUAAAAAAUUUUUUUUCAGUUUUUUUAGCUGUCCUUCGAAAAGUUCAAAAAAAAAUUUCUCUUGCUAGGGCAAAACUUAUUUUAUAAUUCAAGAAAAAGAAAACCAAAAAUAUAAAUUUUCAAUUAACACAAAAAAUGAUCCAUUAGCCUCUUUUUAUUUUUUCAACCUUGUGCCUUUAAACUCAAGAAUUGAGUUCAAGAUUUAACAUUUUAAAAUUCCAGGAUCCACGGCCGAAAAGGCAUUUCGGUUCGGGAGCAGCAGGCGGCGAUGAUGAAGGUGGACGUGAAAGAGCGCGUGGCGAAACUCAAGGCAGAGAACUCGAAACGGUCCGAAAAGGCCCCCUACGAGAUCGCCAAGCCUGGAGGCGUCGAUAUGAAACCCGCCAUCCCACUCAUUCACAAUAUACAAACCAUGGAAAAAGACGGUUCAUCAUUGUCGAAACGAGUUGAAAUUCAAACUGGCUUCAGGCUUGGAAAUAAUUUCUACUGGAAAAUGA